AUGGCUUUGAAUCCGGACGGGAAACCCAUCUCCGCCAAAGACAACGGCAGGCGCCCGAGAACUUGGUGGAAAAACGAGAUCGAAAGGGUAAUGCUAGAAGAGGAACAAAGCUUUGCAGAAGAAGCUAAACGACUGCGACAAUUUGGCCUUGUUGACGGUCAGUCACAGGCAGUUCCUUCCUCUUCUAAUGCCGCGAAAGAAACGUUUCCUGAUUGGAAAUAG